AUGUCAAUUACUUCAACGAGUGGCCUCAUGUCGAACUAUUCACGUCUUUCCGACCACCGGUCCUCGACCGACGAGGAGAAUGAGAAGGAUAUGCAUUUGCGUUUGCAAUCCGAUGUUGAAGCUGGUGAGAGUCAGAUUCGCCGUACGGUGGCAGCAGACAAGAAGCCAUCACGCUGGAUUGACGGUCGUACCGUCUCCGACGCCAUUAUCGGUCUCUCGGACGGCAUGACGGUCCCAUUUGCACUCACUGCGGGACUAUCAGCCUUGGGCGAUACCAAGGUGGUCGUUUUUGGUGGUAUGGCGGAGCUUAUCGCAGGCGCCAUCUCUAUGGGCUUGGGUGGCUACCUUGGCGCAAAGAGUGAAGAGGAAUCCUACAAGGCCACUCUCAAGGAGACCGAAACCCAGACUAUGACGGACCCCGCCUCCGUUUCUACCACUAUCGAGGAGAUCUUCGAGCCAUACGAGCUUCCCGCCGAACUAGUCUCCCAGUUGACCAGCCAUCUCUCCGCCUCCCCCAUGCUUCCAUCUUUCCUCAUGAACUUCCACCACACUCUCCCCGAACCUUCCGGCUCCCGUGCCGUCAUCUGCGCCCUGACUAUUGCCUUGGGCUACUUCAUUGGUGGUUUCGUGCCUCUGCUGCCUUAUUUCUUCGUCGGCCCCCACGAUGCUUUUGUCGCACUGCGCUGGUCCAUUGCCACCAUGGCCGUUGCCCUGUUCCUCUUUGGGUAUGGCAAGACCUGCUUCGUGAGUGGAUGGAGGGGGCGCAGAAAUGUGCGCAAGGGUGUGAUCGGUGGCUUCCAAAUGGUGCUGGUUGGUGGUGUGGCAGCUGGAUCAGCCAUGGGACUGGUUAAGGCGUUCCAAUUGCUGGCGAAUGGGCAUGAGCAUGCCAAGCAUGACUAA